CAAACUUGACUGCCUAAUUAAAAAUAUUCUUCUAAGAAGUCAAGCCACGAGAUUUGAUGAAAAUAUUGGUGACAUAAGCACAUAAGUCAUCUCUCGGAUCCCGUUCUACAAGAAGGGCAAAAGUCAAGAAGAUAGAAAUGCAAAUUAAGCCAACAUUUUCGGGCAAUUAAGAAACAGUGAAACAUGGAACAAGUAAAAUUGUUGGGUUCUUGGGCAAGUCCUUAUAGUGUAAGAGUUGAAAUUGCUCUGAAACUCAAGGGUAUUCAAUAUGAGUAUAUUGAAGAAGAUCUGUCAAAUAAGAGUCCUACACUUCUCAAGUACAAUCCUAUUCAUAAAAAAAUUCCAGUGUUGUUGCAUAAUGGAAAACCAAUUGUUGAGUCUCUUGUGAUUCUUGAAUAUAUUGAUGAAACUUGGAAAGAUGGCACUCCUAUUCUACCAAAAGAUCCUUACCAAAGAGCCAUGGAACGUUUCUGGGCUAAGUUUAUGGAUGAAAAGUGCUUGCCAGAGAUGCUAAAACUUUGUUAUGUUAGCAACAAUGAAGUAAAGGUGAAUGCCAUGGGAGAACUUCAUAAGCUUCUUAAACUUCUGGAGAAUGAAUUGAUCAAAGAUAAUAAUAACAUCUUUGGAGGAUACAUUGAGAUUGUUUCCAUUUUGAUAACUUAUUGGCUUGGAGUUAUUCAAGAAGCAUUGGAAGUGGACAUAUUGAAGAAAGAAGAAUUUCCAAAUAUAUGUCUCUGGGCUGAUAAGUCAAUUAGUUGUAGCUUUAUCAAGGAAAAUCUGCCACCCAGAGAAAAAUUACUUGCGUUUUACAAAAAUCAUACCAAACCACUAAUACUGCCAAAUUAAGAACUUCCUAAGUAAACAAAUCACAAGAACUUUGUAUUGAAAUCCUCAAGGGAAAAGUUGUGUUUACAGAGUGAUGUACGGUGUGUUUUUUUUUUUCCGUGUAAUUGUCUGUCUUUGCAAUGGUGAAAUAGUUCAAAAAUGAAAUAAAAAUAUCUCUAUAGAGCA